AUGGCAAGUUCUGCCUCGCUGGAGACGGUGAUGUCCUGCGGGAGGACCGGACCGUCCGCGGCUCCCAAGUCGCUGGCCUUCUCCAUAGACCGGAUCAUGUCCAAGAGUUCGGAGCCGAAGGGGAGCGCGGAGGAGCGGGCAGAGGGCAAGAAGCUGCUCGGUCUCUGCUGCCCGAUCCCCUGCAUGAUCCCGCUGCAGCCCUUCAGCUAUGACCUCCAGGCCAAGGCGCUGAUGAACUACUCCGAGCUGUGGAGAGCCAGUUUCAGGGGAACUUUUUGCGGUGCCGCUCCGUGCAAAGGGAGCUGCGGCAUGUGCUGCAAAGCGGAGGCGAGUGUGAAGCAGCCGCUGCUGACGCCGGGAAGCCGGGUGGUGAAGCCGCAGGUCGUCCACCAGGCCGUGGCCGUGCCCAGCGGCGGCUCCCUCUACUAUCUCAACUACCUGGACUCAGCGUACCAGCAGUCGGAGCUGCUGGCCGGACACUGGGUGUCCAACCCGCAGGCACAGGCCUCUCUGUCGGCGCACCACAGACUCUUGCUGCUGGAGAACGCCAAGCUGGCAGCGGUCGGGGCCGACAAGCUGCCCACACCUCAGUACCCGCACAAGGAGCAUCUGCCCGGGCAGCUGGACCAGAUCGUGAAGGAGAACCACGGCCUGAGCGCAGAGAAGAACGGAAUCAAGACCCACAGCAAAGUCAGCGGCAGCGGCGCCGCGGACGGGAAACCCAAAAACUUCACUUGUGAAGUGUGUGGAAAGGUUUUUAACGCGCACUACAACCUGACCAGACACAUGCCGGUGCACACCGGGGCCCGGCCCUUCGUGUGCAAAGUCUGCGGCAAAGGAUUCCGCCAGGCCAGCACGCUGUGCAGGCACAAGAUCAUCCACACACAGGAAAAGCCUCAUAAAUGCAACCAGUGCGGGAAAGCGUUCAACAGAAGCUCGACGCUCAACACGCACGUACGGAUCCACGCAGGCUACAAACCGUUCGUGUGUGAGUUCUGCGGGAAAGGCUUCCACCAGAAAGGAAACUACAAGAACCACAAGCUCACACACAGCGGAGAGAAGCAGUACAAGUGCUCCAUCUGCAACAAGGCCUUCCACCAGAUCUACAACCUGACCUUCCACAUGCACACGCACAACGACAAGAAGCCCUUCACCUGCAACACCUGCGGCAAGGGCUUCUGCCGCAACUUUGACCUGAAGAAACACAUCCGGAAGCUGCAUGACAACGUCUACUCUACGGCCACAGAGGCCUCCAGACAGCUGCAGAGCUGA